UCAGGGCCCGCCCUUCAAGAGGCGUCAUUCCCGCAGCCUCCACCCCAGGCAUGGCGCUGUGUGACCUCCCGCAAUUGACUCUGCUGCUGCUGCCGCUGUUGGCACGGCUCUCGGCCGGGGACUGCCCGUGCUCCGAGGCUGCUCUCUGCCAACCGAUCCGCCACCGUCCCGACUUCGAGGUCUUUGUAUUUGAUGUUGGACAGAAAACCUGGAAAUCUUAUGACUGGUCACAGAUUACAACUGUGGCAGCUUUUGGAAAAUAUGACCCAGAACUUAUGUGCUACGCUCAUUCAAAAGGAGCCAGGGUAGUGCUAAAAGGUGACGUCUCUCUGAAGAAUAUCAUUGAUCCUACCUUCAGAGCAUCGUGGAUAGCUCAGAAAGUUGAGUUAGCCAAGGCGCAGUAUAUGGAUGGGAUUAAUAUAGACAUAGAGCAGGAAGUUACCUGUUCAUCACCUGAAUAUGAAGCACUGACAGCUCUGGUCAAAGAAACCACAGAGUGUUUCCAUCGUGAGAUCCAGGGAUCACAGGUAACCUUUGAUGUAGCUUGGUCACCAAAGCGCAUAGACAAAAGGUGCUAUAAUUACACUGGGAUCGCAGAUGCCUGUGACUUUCUUUUUGUGAUGUCUUACGAUGAGCAAAGUCAGAUCUGGUCAGAAUGUAUUGCAGCCGCCAAUGCUCCCUACAAUCAGACAUUAACUGGAUAUAUUGACUACAUCAAGAUGGGCAUUAGCCCUAAGAAACUUGUAAUGGGUGUUCCCUGGUAUGGCUAUGAUUACAUUUGCCUAAAUCUCUCAAAGGAUGACAUUUGCAGCAUUGCAAAGGUCCCUUUCAGGGGGGCUCCUUGUAGCGAUGCUGCAGGCCAUCAAGUGCCCUACAAGGUGAUCAUGAAGCAGGUAAAUGGUUCUGUUUCUGGAAGCCAGUGGGAUAAAGACCAGCAAGCUCCCUAUUAUAACUACAAGGAUCCUGCUGGCCAUUUUCAUCAAGUGUGGUAUGAUAACCCACAGAGCAUCUCACUAAAGGCAGCAUAUGUCAAAAACUACGGCUUGCGGGGCAUUGGCAUGUGGAAUGCAAACUGUCUUGACUACUCCGAUGAUGCUCUAGCCAGAGAGCAAACGCAAGAAAUGUGGGGAGCCUUAAAACCAAGGCUGUGAUGGAGUGGAGCAUCUUUUGUCAGACUAUUAGACUUGUAGGGCUGACCUGUAUAAGUAGAUCUACCUCUUGAAGAGAUAAAAAUGUAUAUAUUUUUGUCAUGUUGCCAUAACUUACUUAUUGGUAUACUCAAUUACACGGGUAAGAAAUAAAGAAAAUUUUCAUUUGUACUUGAAAAAUGCAUACAUAUCUUAGAUAUCCAGGAAUAUAAAAGGAAGAAACAAGUCAAUUUAUUCUAUUAAAUAUUCCUCCAUGUUUCAGGAUUAUAAUUUUCAAAAUUUCAUGCUCAAUUUUCUCUCCUGUUAUUGAAAUAUACUGUUAAAAUCAAUAUAGAUUUUAAAACUGUGUGACUGGUAGACAAGUGAAGAUAAUGGGGAAGGGAGUGCACAUUACCACAGUACGAUACACACAUGUAUAGAAUAUUAUAAUAAAGCCCACUAAUUUUAUAUUAAUAUAUGCUAAUAAAAGGCCAACAAGAACUAUGUGUAACUUGAAAUGGAAAUCACUGGCUUUGGACACAGUCUUUAAAACUUAGCCUCUGAGAAGCAGUUUGUGUUGAAUGAGUAGGCAUGGCUUUCCUGGUUCCUGAUUCCUUACAGUACAUAUGAAUAUUUCAGGACAUACACACAUUAGAGUCACUUAGACAGCGUCUGAGAUAAAGAUAGGCAUGCAAAUGGAAUGCAAGAGGAUGACUGAGGAAUGCCUGAACCCUGGACUAGAGCUACCUGACAAGAUCCAGGUGAGAGCUUGCUGUAAGGGUCAGCUGCUGCUGAGUCUGACCCUAGUCACUGUUCCCCCUGCAGUCGCCCAGGGUCCCUCACAGGUUAGCACUCACUGCUUGCCUACUUUUCACAUUUUUCUUCUGCAUUUGCAUUUUGCUUUUAAGCUACCUAAGAACAUUAUUCUUUCAACUUGUUCCUUUUUCUAAAAGACUAUUUUGGGGAAAAUAAAUGUCUAGCAUAAAGCAGUUCUUGUUUCCUUUCUCAAAGCAAUCAGUAGUUACUGGGCUGGAGCGCUGGCUCGCAGGGGAGAGCGCUGGUCUCCUCCACAGGACUUGGUUCAGUUCCCAGAACCACAUGGUUGGUCACAACCCCAUUUCCAGAGGAUCUGACUCACUCUUCCUGCACACACAUGGUACAUGGACAUACAUCCAUGCAUAUAAAAUUAAGUAAAAAUAAAACAAAUCAUUACAAUAUAUUCAUAUUAUUUCCUGAAAGAACAUAGAUUAAAUGUUUGUAUCCUUUGAACUCCAUUACAUAAGGCCUAUCUUCUUUACAUAUGAUCCCCUUCCAAAUUGGGAUAAGUGAUUAAUCAACUGUCUGUUAUGACAAUAUUAUAUUUUCUACUUACAUAACUAUUUAUGACAGUAAAACUAUUUACUUCCAUGGUAUAUGAUGAAUAACUUUGUAUUUAUAAAAAUCACUUUACAUUUCUAAAAUUAACACAAAUUAUUAGACACAAUUUGUUGUGCAUGUAGUUGCAAUUGUUUUUUAUCAAAAUGUGAUUAACAAAAUUGUAUUUACUAAAAUAUAUGUUUUACUAGUCAUUGAUUUUGCCAUCAUACUGGUAAUUAUUUUGUAAUAAGUAAUUAUAAAAUGUAGUACUACAAAAUAAGUAAUAGACAAAAUCUUUAAACACCUACUAUAUAGAUUUAUGCUAUACAAAAGGUAAAAAUUAUAAUUUUUAAAUUUUUUCUUUAACUGUUAAAUCAGCUUUAUGAUUUAAUAAAACAUUGCCAAGAAA